AUGCUCAGAACAGAGGUCGGCCGGGACCAGAGGGGAGCCCGGCGCCCCGCCCCCCGCCGUCGGCGCAUGCUCAGUUCAGAGGCCGGCGGGACCGGAGGCAAGGAGGCCGGCGCCCCGCCCCCGGCCAGCUUCUCUUCUGGCGGAAAGAUGUGCGUUGUCCCCCCAUGUGCGCUGUCUCCUCGAUGUGCGCUGUCCCCCCGAUGUGAGCUGUCCCCAGAUGUGCGCUGUCCCCCCGAUGUGAGCUGUCCCCAGAUGUGCGCUGUACCCUCAAAUGUGCGCUGUACCCUCAAAUGUGCGCUGUCCCGCCGAUGUGCGCUGCCCCCCCGAUGUGCGCUGUCCCCCAAGAUGUGUGCUGUCUCCCGAUUUAUUUUGCUUGAUCUGGCCUUUGGUAAAAACCUUAUACCUGAUUUAGAUGACUCGUUCAAAGACAAUCGGAAAGAUGACAUUUGGCUUGUAGAUUUUUAUGCGCCCUGGUGUGGUCACUGUAAAAAGCUGGAGCCGAUCUGGAAUGAAGUUGGGCUUGAGAUGAAGAACAUGGGCUCUCCUGUGAAAGUGGGCAAGAUGGACGCCACCUCCUACGCCAGCCUUGCUGCAGAGUUUGGAGUCCGCGGGUACCCCACAAUUAAGCUAUUAAAGGGGGACUUGGCAUACAGCUAUCGAGGCCCACGGACCAAAGAUGACAUCAUUGACUUUGCUCACAGGGUGUCUGGAGCUCUCAUCCGACCACUUCCAAGUAAACAAAUGUUUGAGCAUGUGAGAAAGAGACACCAUGUGUUUUUCGUUUAUGUCGGUGGAGAGUCACCUCUGAAGGAAAAAUAUGCCGAAGCGGCUUCAGAAUUAAUUGUGUAUUCAUACUUCUUUGCAGCCACCGAAGACGUGGUUCCUGAGAAUGUGGUACUGAGAGAGCUGCCUGCUGUCAUUGUGUUCAAAGAUGACACUUACUUCAUUUAUGAUGAGUUUGAAGAUGGUGACCUGGAGGCCUGGAUCACCAGGGAGCGGUUCCAGAAUUACCUCACUGUGGACGGCUUCCUCUUGUAUGAGCUGGGGGACACAGGAAAGCUGGUGGUUAUCGCAAUUAUUGAUGAGAAGAAUACAUCAGCCGAACACCUCAGAUUAAAGUCGGUUAUUCAGGAAGUUGCCCAAGAUUAUAAAACCCACUUCCGCAGGGAUUUUCACUUUGGCCAUAUGGAUGGAAAUGAAUAUAUAAACAGCUUGCUGAUGGAUGAACUGGAUGUCCCAACUGUUGUUGUUCUAAAUACUUCCAACCAGCAGUACUAUCUGCUGGACAGACAGAUUGACAGUGCCAAAGACAUGGUCCACUUCAUCGAUAACAUACUGAAUGGCACCGUGGAGGCCCAAGGCGGUGAUAGCAUUUUGCAGAGAUUGAGAAGAAUCAUGUUUGACGCCAGAACUACUGUUGUGUCCAUAUUCAAGAGCUCGCCCCUCAUGGGGUGCUUCCUCUUCGGCCUGCCGCUGGGUGUCAUUAGCAUCAUGUGCUAUGGCAUCUACUCGGCCGACACGGACAGCGCCUACUCGGAGGAGCAGUACGAGUACACCAAGAGCGAGAUGGAGAACCUGGGGCUCCUGGAGGAGACCAGGGCGCCGCCGGAGCAUGAGGGGCCGCGGGACCCGCCAGAGCCAGGCGCAGACCAGCCGGGCGCCAGCGAGCCGGCCGCGCUGCCCAUGCACGAGCCCAAAGCCGCGCUCGAGAAAAAGACGGAUUGA